AUGGCCCCCCUCACGCAGCAAAGACAUGCUUACAGUAUCCAAAAAAGACUUGAUGACAACGUCUACGUCGUCCGCCACAAUUCGGACAAUGCGCAAUACCUGGGCUCAAGGUGGGAUGCUAGUGUGGUGGACCCGGCCUUCUCGGACCUGCUAGAUCGCGGUACCAAGGGGGCGCUCGGCAGCCUGCUGAACCACCCCAACCUGAUCAACUAUACCGAGACGGUGGCCGACCACUUAAUUCAUGGACGGUGUUCGGGGGAGACGGUAUCAUCGCAGCGGAUGCUGCUGUGGGAUUUUUGUGAAGCGGGCACGCUGCAGAACCUCUUCAAUCAGCACCCGGUGCUGCCGCAGACGCAGACGGUCACCAACCAGGACUGGGUCGCUGCCCUGGAUGCCCUGGAUGCCGACGACAAGGACGGCCGGGACGCCGUGAACGCACAGAUACCCCGGACCAGACAGUUGGCACUGUCGUGGCUGCACGAGGGCCACCGCGACGACACGCGGAUCAGUGUCGUCGGGACCCAGAGCCGGCGGGUGACCGACGACUGGAAGUCGGACGAGGACUGGCUGCCGAUCCUGCACAGGGACAUCCGGCCCGACAACAUCUUCUUCCAGCACCCCAAGGGCACCGAGACGUACGGUCUAUGCAAGCUGGGCAACUACAGCAACUGCGUCGUGUCGAACCAUGUCAACGAAAGAUACGUCGGGCAGGUGGUCAGCGCCACCAGAGGGGAUCUGAGCCUGAACACGAUGCGUGCGAACAUGGCUGUGGCUGACCCCCUACUCCUCGAGGCGGACGCGCGGCCGUACACCAAGGCCACGGAGCUUUUCCAGCUGGGCCGGAUCGUGUACGAGAUGAUGUCGACCAAGAAGGUGCCGGACCCGGAUGCGCGCGACGACCAGGGCAAUCCCCUCCCCUUCUGCCGGCAAGGCGACAUCGAGGUGCUGACGGGCUACUCGAGCGGGCUGCGGCAGACGGUGCGCAACUUGCUGGCGAGCUACCGCGGGCCCUGCACCGGCUCCAGAGAGCUCACGUCCGAGGUGCUCAUCCAGGCGCGGAAGGCCUACCUCGACUGGAAGAGCGACACGCGCGACGGCAAGCUGCACCGCGACCUGGUGGACGACGGCUGGCAGCGCCAGGCCAACGACGACGAGAGGAUCCGCGCCGACGAGGAGCUGCACGCCCGCCAGGGCCAGCUGAGCUCGCACCGCUGGAUCCGCGACGACCUGGAGCCGCAACCCAGGGUGGCUGUACCGCCUGUGACUCCUUCGGUGGCUGCCACGCCGCGCAUGUCCUCGCCGCGCAUGUCCACACCGCGCAUGUCCACGCCGCGCGUGUCCUGA